UCAAGAAGACCAAUAUCGGGCACUUUGUUGCAGCCAUCCUGAACCAAAUGAAGAUGCCCCCCUCUCCAUGCUGAAAGGGAUGAAGGGGUAUCAGUUGACCCAGAGUGACUUGGAAUUUAUCAAACGUAUGAAAGAGGAACAACUUGUUAAAAAGCUGCAGGGAGACCAGGAAGAGGUGCAGAGGCUGCUGAAAAAUAAAAUGAUGGCUUUGGAGCUGGCAUGGGCGUCCACGGAGAAGGCACAAGCUGAACUCGGCAAGAUCCCAUCCGGCGAAAAACUCACCGAGGGGAUCAAGAUGGUCAUGACAUCACCACGGAUGGGGCUCACAGACGUGGACGCCAAGUCUCCUCUGUCCAUGGCAUUGGUGACUAUAGAAAACUUCCAGACCGCAAUGAAGGAGAAGCAGAAAGACCUCGAUAAUCAUAAGCAGAUGCUGGAAAUGUUGAAGCAAGAGCCUGAAGAGACGGUGAAUUUUGAAAAAGAACUUGCCAUUGAGCAGCUGAUAUCACAGAGGUUGAAGCAAACGUUGUCUGACCUAAAAUCUGAGGCUCGACUAGAGGAGGAGUAUAAAUCUCUGCAGAUGAAUACUUUGAAAGCACCAGCAGAUGAUUUGGAGCAUGCACAAGCUACAACAAGCGAAGUGGAACGGUCAGGAAAGGGAAGAAAACGGAGAGCUAAAGAAUUACCAGACACGGCAAUCAAAGCUAACUCGACAAGACGGAAACGCGCAGACAAUCAGAUGAAGGUGAAAGAUGAUCACUCGGAUCAGAUCAAGAGCAAAGCUUUGGAGGAGACGCAACACACUGGCCCGAGACGGUCGAAACGAAUUGCCAACAUGCAAAUACAAAAUAAGUAGGCUGACUUGUGACUUGCACUGUGUCUAGAGUUUUUAUUUUUUUGAAUAAAUUA